UUAUCUAAAUUUGUUAUUGUGGGCAGAUUUCAGUUUAUACUGAACACUUGCCUAGUGAACGCCGGGAACAACAGACGCAAUACAAAAUGACCAAGACAAGGGUUUACGUUAUCGGUGUCGGCAUGACCAAGUUCGAGAAACCUGGUCGCCGUGCUGACGUUUGCUAUCCAGACUUUGCCAAGGAGGCAGUUACUAAGGCUCUGCAGGAUGCCAACAUUAAGUACGAGGAGGUGCAACAGGCUGUCGUUGGUUACGUCUAUGGUGACUCCACCUGUGGACAACGCGCAGUCUACGAGGUGGGCAUGACAGGUAUUCCCGUCUACAAUGUGAACAACAACUGCUCCACGGGCUCCAGUGCCUUGUAUCUGGGCAAGCAGAUCAUCGAGUCUGGCAGUGCGGAUUGUGUCCUGGCCCUCGGCUUUGAGAAGAUGGAGCGCGGAUCAUUGGCAGCGAAGUACUUUGACCGUGCCAAUCCCAUGGAGCGUCACAUCACUGAAAUGGGAGAACUGACUGAAAUCGGAGCAGGACCAAUGGCUGCCCAGAUCUUUGGCAAUGCUGGCAAGGAGCACAUGAAGAAGUACGGCACAAAACCCGAACACUUUGGAAAGAUUGCCUGGAAGAAUCACAAGCACUCCGUCAAUAAUCCUUACUCGCAGUUCCGCGAUGAAUACACUUUGGAGCAGAUUAUGAAGUCGCCCCAGGUGGUCGAGGGAGUGCUGACAAAGCUGCAGUGCUGUCCCACAUCGGAUGGCUCUGGAGCAGCUAUUUUGGCCUCCGAGCAGUUCGUGCGUCGUCAUGGCUUGGAGAAGCAGGCUGUGGAGAUCGUGGGCAUGGAGAUGGCCAGUGAUCCAGAGUCGACGUUCGCUGACAAGAGUCUGAUGAAGAUUGCCGGCUACGACAUGACUCGCCUGGCUUCCCAGCGCCUGUUCGCCAAGAGUGGAUUUAAGCCACAGGAUGUGCAGGUCGUGGAGUUGCACGAUUGCUUCUCGGCCAACGAGCUGGUCACCUACGAGGCGUUGGGUCUCUGCGGAGAGGGCAAGGCUGGCGAGUUCAUCGACGCUGGCGACAACACUUAUGGCGGCAAGUUUGUGAUCAAUCCCAGUGGCGGUCUGAUCUCCAAGGGUCAUCCACUGGGUGCCACGGGAUUGGCUCAGUGCGCCGAGCUCUGUUGGCAAUUGAGAGGCUUGGCCGAGAAGCGUCAAGUGCCCAAUGUGCAGCUGGCUCUGCAGCAUAAUCUGGGUCUGGGUGGAGCCGUUGUGGUGGGUCUGUAUCGUCUGGGCUUCCCUGGCGCCAACAAAGCCAAGUUGUAAACUCUUUAUUGUUUGAUUUUGUAAAUAUAUAUUAAUGUUGUGUUUUAAAUAC